GGCCGUGACUUCUUGGAGAGCAUCGAAGGGAUACCGGAUACACGACCACACACGGACACACCCAUGGAGGCGUCGCUGACCGCCGCCGCCGCCGCCGCCUCGUCGCCUCCGCCGCAAAUCCGCAUCCAAAUCGUCAAACCAAGCCCACUCCUGGCCCCUUGGCGGCGCCAAUUCGGGCCCUCCAAGAUCCGGACCGCCAACUUCCGGCGGCACCUGGCUGCGGCCUCCGCAUCCACGCCGCCGACGCCGGGAGGCGGCCUGUACUCCGCGGCCACCUACGAGCUGACGGCGGAUAACGUAGACCAGGUCCUCGACGACGUGCGCCCCUACCUCGUGGCCGACGGCGGCGACGUCGCCGUCGUGUCCGUCGAGGACGGCGUCGUCUCCCUCAGGCUCGAAGGGGCGUGCAGCAGCUGCCCCAGCUCGACGACGACGAUGAACAUGGGCAUCGAGCGCGUGCUCAAGGAGAAGUUCGGUGACGCCAUCAAGGACAUCCGCCAGGUGUUCGACGGGGACCAGCCGCCGGCGGAGACAACGCCUGAGGCGGUGAACCGGCACCUGGACAUACUGCGGCCGGCGAUCGCGAACUACGGCGGGAGCGUGGAGGUGCUCGCCGUGGACGGCGAGGACUGCAUGGUUAAAUACGAUGGCCCGGAGUCCAUCGGGAGCGGGGUCAAGGCGGCCAUCAAGGAGAAGUUCCCCGACAUCACGAAUGUGGUCUUCACGCAGUGAUCCACAGAAUAUUGGGCAGGUCCAUAUACUAGGAGGCCUCGGGAGAAAUAGAAGCCGUUGCGGCAUACGAUCUGGAGGGAGAAGGCUCGAUGACGAGUGAUGGAUUUGCGGAUUGAAGCUGCGGCGACAUGUCGAUCGUGAAGAAAACGUCGGCGCUUUCUGCUUAUAGUCUGAAGCUUUGUCUUCUCGCGUGGAGUUGGCUUAAUAGUUUUGAAUCUGUUCUUAGUACGGAAUAUAUAUUUUUCUCUCCAAAUGUUGUGCCAUUUAGUUUCAGUAGCAGGUAACAUUCUGAAGGGUAUAAUUGAGCAUCACAUUUUUUCUUUC